GAAGUGAAGGGCGAGGCUGUGCGCAGAUGUUCCUCCAGUGGAUCGCUAACUCCGUCUUGUGUAAACGUGCAUCUCCAUCUCCAUCAUCAUCAUCAUCAUCAUCAUCAUCAUCUUCUUCUUCUUUUUCUUCAUCACACGCUUCUGCUCCGAUGGCACGCUAAACUUUUUAUUUAGUCUGUAGCAGUGUAUUUUUCUCCGGUAUAACUGUGUCGGUGGCGCGCGCGGAGACACACACACACACACACACACACACACACACAGACACACACGGGACAGCGUUAAAGAGUUACGGGUGUGAAAGUGCGUCUGGAAGUCACAGGAAGAAUGAAAGUCCGGAGAGACGAGCUUCAAUGAAAUAAUGGUUUCAUUCAUCAGUGGUAGAUGGUGGAGAUGGAAGUUCUGGAAUGUUCUCCAGGUGUCUCUGAUUCUGAUAUGCGCUGUGAGAACAGUGCUGAGCUGCCAGAGUGAGUGUGAUGAGACGCUAACGUCCUCCAGCGGGACCUUUAUAUCUCCCUGCUAUCCAAACGACUAUCCACCGAGCCUGACGUGUAAGUGGACUCUGCAGGCUCCGGCCGGCUUUGUCCUGCAGCUCAACUUCCUCGACUUCGAGCUCGAGGAGGCUCAGGGCUGCAUCUACGACAGCGUGGUCGUCGACACCGGUGGCAGCAGCGUUAAGUUUUGUGGCCUGACGGCUAACGGACUCACGCUCAACUCCAGCACCAACGUCAUGGUGGUGACCUUUUACUCUGAUUUUAGUGUCCAGAAGAAAGGCUUCAGUAUCAGUUACAGGCAAGUUGCAGUGUCUCUGAGAAACCAGAAGGUGACGUUCCCUCAGAACUCCAAGGAUGUGGUGCAAGUAUCCAGCUCAGUGUCCAUCCCGGCUCUGAGUCAGUUCACCAUCUGCUUCGAGAUUGUGGGUCAGACGCAGACAGGAUCAGGGAUCAUCUUCUCUUACACGGGUAAAGAACCCUACUUGUCCUUCGGCAACAGCGGGAACGCCUUGGAUCUGAUCAUCGGCAAUGUCACGUGUCCAGUCCAUGAUUUGCUCACGUUAGCUGACUUCACUGGCAGCAUGCAGCUGUUCUGCAUCACCUGGUCCAACACAAACGGUGCUGUAGCCGUGUACUUCAAAAGCAACUACCAGGUAAAGCUCUGCUCAGCUUCCGUGGGCAUGAGAACGGAGAUUGGAGGGUCCUUUGAGCUUGGCCGAGGGAAGAAGCAGGGCCAAAACUUUGAUGGCCUCAUCUACAACUUCCGCCUGUGGAAUUCAGCCAUGAGCUACUCUGAGCUUUCUGCUCUCACCUGCGACACUGUGGGGAACGUAGUGGACUGGGACAACAGCUUCUGGAACAUUCCAGCCUCAUACGCUCAGACCGACUCCAGCCUCAGCUGCAUCUGUUUCCCACAUUGUGUACAUUUAACAACAACGCUUUCCUCCAGCGGUACCACAGUUCCAGCGACCACGUCCCAAACCACCAGCUGCGUGUCCUCUGGAGUGAGCUGCCCAGCAUCUCUAACUACUACCACAUCAUCCACUGUCAACACUAACACGAUUCCUACUAAUGCAAGAACCAACGAUCUUUCUAUAAGCACUUCCUACACAAGCUCUCCUAGCAUGUCUUUAACUGCAGACACCGUUCAAACUACUUCACCAGCUACAACUUUACCAACCACCACCAGCACACCUACGGAGUUUACCUUCUACAAGAUUUCUUUUGUAUCAGAUCUACAAAUCACAGAUGAAGCGCUAGAACAAUGGUUGAACCAAACUUUCCUGGACUGGAAUCAGACUAUUUAUGUAACGAAUGUCAGCAUUCUUACCGGCACUGACUCCUCCGGAAUGACAAUCAACAGAUACACUUGUAAGGCUCUGCUGGUGUAUAGAAACACUACAGGCAAACUUCUGACUGCUGCUGACAUCAAGAACAGGCUGAAGAGCUUUCCGGCAGCCAGCUUUACGUUAGAGAACAUCGACGUCAAUGCAGUCGAAAACUGUCAGGCGGAGGAGACGCCACUGCAUUAUAAAUGGCCGGAGAGCAGACCUUCAGUCACUUAUUUCAUUCCCUGCUUCCCAUACAAAGAACAGAACGCAUCCAGGACAUGCAAAAUCAACCCAGACAAUUAUUCAUCAUUCUGGGACCAGCCAAACCUCUUGAACUGCAAAGAUAUAGAAGAAAUUGAAGUUUCACAAGAAAAUGCUGCAGACGUUGCGGUUCAACUCGCCGACAUCACAAACAACGAGCUUUCCACCACGGAGCUGUCGAAGGUUGUUAGCGUGGUGACCAAGCUGGUGAAUGUGGCACGAAUUAACGUCACCUUGGCUUCCACUGUUGUCAACAUCAUUUCCAACGUGAUGAUCAGCUCCGAGGCCAUGCAGCUAGCUGCCUCAGAAAUGGCACUAAGAACCAUGGACAGGUUGGUGCAGAAGAUCGAGUUUGAUGGUCCUUCACUGACCAUCACCUCCAAGAACCUAGCAGUGGGAAUCUCAGCUAUUAACUCCAGCAGUUUUAACGGAGCUAAUUUCAGUGCCUUCAUGGCUCUAAACUCCUCAGACCCUCAGAUCGAUUUGGAUUCAGAGGUCCAUAACUCCUUAGCGAGUGUCUCACUACCUGCCACUUUGCUCCAUAACCUGAGUGAGGCAGAUGUUGAGAUCAUCUCCAGAAUUCACUUCAUGUUCUUUAGUAAAACAGGGUUGUUCCAGUAUUAUGGAUCAUUAAUGGACCGGCAGGACAACGGCAUGUCCUUGAACAGUUACGUGGUGGCCAGCAGUGUGGGAAACUUUUCCAUUAGUAAUCUUGAAGAUCCUGUGGAAAUAGAGAUCACUCAUCUGCAGAAUCAGCGGAAUCAGAAACGAUUGUGUGUAUUUUGGGAUUUCAGCAUCAAAAAUGGUACAGGAGGCUGGAACAGUGAGGGGUGUCGGGUCAGCACAGAGUCCAACAGCAACAAGACAAUCUGCCUGUGUAACCACUUAACACACUUCGGGGUUCUGAUGGACCUGAGUGGAGCUGCAGAAAUUAUGAACGAAAGGAACACCAAGAUUCUGACCUUCAUCACGUACAUCGGCUGUGGCUUGUCAGCCAUCUUUUCAGCUGUAACCAUCCUAACUUAUGUUGCCUUCGAGAAAUUGCGUCGAGAUUAUCCGUCAAAGAUCCUGAUGAACCUGAGUACCUCGCUGCUGUUUCUCAACAUGACGUUCCUCCUGGACAGCUGGCUGGCUUCCUAUGAGAUUCAGGGUCUGUGCAUGGCUGUGGCUGCCUUCCUGCACUUCUUCCUUCUUACCUCAUUCACCUGGAUGGGCCUUGAGUCCGUCCACAUGUACAUCGCCCUGGUCAAGGUCUUCAACACCUACAUCCGGAGGUACAUCCUCAAGUUCUGCAUUGUUGGAUGGGGACUUCCAGCUGUAAUUGUAGCACUUGUUUUGGCUUCUGACAAAAAUUCCUAUGGAAAGGAGUUUUAUGGAAACGGAGCAAGUGGCCAAGGAUUGUCUGAAUUUUGCUGGAUUCGGAGCAAGGCCGUGUUCUACGUGACGUGUGUGGCCUACUUUUGCGUCAUCUUCCUUUUGAAUGUGGCCAUGUUUAUCGUGGUGAUGAUGCAGAUCUGCGGCAGGAAUGGAAAACGUAACAACCGCACGCUUCAGGAGGAAGUGCUGCGUAACCUGCGCAGCGUCAUCAGCCUCACCUUCCUGCUCGGCAUGACCUGGGGCUUUGCCUUCUUCGCCUGGGGGCCGGUCAAUCUGGCAUUUAUGUACCUCUUCUCCAUUUUCAACUCACUGCAAGGGCUAUUCAUCUUCAUAUUCCAUUGUGCUCUGAAAGAAAAUGUGCAGAAGCAGUGGAGAAGAUAUUUAUGCUGUGGAAAGUUACGCUUGGCUGACAAUUCAGACUGGAGCAAGACUGCCACAAACAACACCAAGAAGGUGAGCUCUGAUAAUAUCGGGAAGUCGCUGUCCUCCAGCUCGUAUGGCUCCACCACAGUCAACUGGACUUCCAAAGCCAGAGUCACGCUGAACCCUUUUGCAAAGCGACACAGCAGUUCAGGUAAACCCUAUUCCAUCCAGGCCAACCAGAAGUGCAGCACUUCUGACUCAGAUGCAUCCUCCUCCUCCUCCAUUCUGCCUGUACAUCAAGUUCUGGACAAGGUGAAGGGCUACUGUUCAGUGCGCUCUGACAACUUUUACAAAAAUAUCAUCCUGUCCGACAGCUUCAGCCAUAGCACCAAGUUUUAGACGGAGAAAGAGAGAGAUGGUGCGAUGUAAGGGACAGAUGUGUACAGAUGUGUGUACUGUAUCGUACUGAGCUAACCAACCAGCAUAGACACCUGCAUAAUCCUUUCAGUAGGAAGCCGUAAAGAAGGAGUGUAUGUUUUCUAUACUGUGAUGUUCAAACUGACUUUGAGUGUGUUGUAAAUAUCCACGCUAUAUUUAACUGUACGUUGCUUUGUGUUUUUUUUUUUCUAAUUGUCUUUUGUUGGGGUUUUUUUGUUAACGUGAUUUUUAAUAUCGCAUUGAAGUUCGCUUCUGUAUAUACAGCACACAUCUUCCUUUAUUUAUACUUCUGCUUUAUUGGAAAUGAAAAUGUCUCCAGAGAUUAUGCAGUUGUUUGUGUCUGAAAGUAGAAUCGAAGCGUCUUCUGUAAUUCUGUUAGAUUUAAGUUUUCUCUCAUUAACAAAAGAAGCCAAGUAAACUUUCUCUCUGUAUUACUACCACCUUCCUACUGUAUAUUUUGCCGCUGUUUGUAAAUGUUUAAGGUUUUUGUAUCUUUUUAUUUAUACUUCUGCUUCAUUGGAAAUAAAAAUGCAGGACAGUCUUGUCCCCAAAGAUUUAUAAAA